AGCGCACUGGUCACAUUGCACUGGAAACGCGUUAGCACACUUUUACGGUAUUUUAGCAUUUAGCAUUAACCACAAUGGCGAAUACAUCAAGUACCGGCGUUGUGGUGCCACGAAAUUUCCGCUUACUGGAGGAGCUGGAUCAGGGCCAGAAGGGCGUGGGCGAUGGCACCAUAUCGUGGGGACUGGAGAACGACGACGACAUGACGCUCACCUACUGGAUCGGCAUGAUCAUCGGUCCGCCUAGAACACCAUUCGAGAAUCGAAUGUAUUCACUAAAGAUCGAGUGCGGCGAACGCUAUCCGGAUGAGCCACCAACGCUCCGGUUUAUAACUAAAGUAAACAUUAACUGCAUUAAUCAGAACAAUGGCGUGGUUGAUCAUAGAUCAGUUCAGAUGUUGGCCAGAUGGAGUCGCGAGUACAAUAUAAAAACGAUGCUGCAGGAAAUCCGUAGGAUUAUGACCAUGAAAGAGAACCUGAAGCUGGCACAGCCGCCAGAAGGUAGCUGUUUUUAGUCGACAACAUCCGUUAGCAACACCAGCAGCAGCUGCAACAGCAUCGACUGCAACGCGAGCGGGAGCAGCAUCCACACCCAUUGAGAGCCGGAAAACCAACCACCAUCAGUCCAAAAGUCCAAGACCAAGAGGUGGCCACACGUGCGUGGAAUUAAAAAGAGAUUGUGUGGCGGCUGCUCCGCCGAGUUGCCAUCGGCGGCAGCAAAUGCUUAUUAAUGAACGUAAUAAAGAUCGAGUGCGGUUAUUGUGGCAAGAACAACAACCAAAUGCAAGCUAUACUAUAAGUAAAGGGAACAGCAGCGAAAAAUGCGAUAGGAGCGUCACUAUGAAGAGGUCGUCGUCGUCCCUUCCGUCAUGAACUAUGUCAUCGUGUUUGGUUACUUUGCUUCUUACUACUUUCUACUUCAGUCCCAAACAAAACGAAACGAAAAUAUGAGAACUUCUUGAAUAAGAAAUAAAACAGCAGCAUGAGAAACAAGUUAAAUGCCUGAGAGAUUCAGAUUCAACACUUGAAACCGAAAAAUUCGUAAAUUAAUCGAACAGAAAUGUAAUGCAUAAAAAUGAUAACGAUUAUUUAAGAUCACAGCGUGAGAUCCGAGCGUAAUUAUUGUUUUUUGCCUAAACUAAAAAUUUAUUAAUUAUAUACAUAAAGCAAAAUAUAUAUUAAUUUAAAUAAAACCAACGUCGAACAGCAUUUUUCUAGACGGCGCCAGUA